AUGGAUCGUUCAACAAGAGCAGGCGGGCAGGCCGCAACCACGUCCGCCAACAACAGACAAUCGCCCCCGGCCAGGGGCUAUCUUGCAUCCGAUGAUGUCUACGUCGUCGGCGACAAGAAUGCGCGGGGCACGAGAAGUGCGCCGAACACGGCGACAGGCUCCACGAACGUCACUCACAGCCCCAGCAAGCGGCCACACGCAUCCAUUGCCGUGUCUGACGUGCCGGCGAACAGCCGCAAUGCGGGAAGCGCUCAGGAUGUCGAGAUCCGACCGGCGAAGAAGUUUGCCAAGUUCGUCGACUACAAUUUCAGCGCCAUGACAGACACCAAGGGCGGUUUCUUGUCUACGGACGACGACCCGUUCAACAAAGCGUUUGCAGAUACCAGCCGGGGCGGUAACGGACAGGAAGCGCGACCUGCGCAUAUGACCGUGGCCGAGUGGGAGCGAAUGCAGACGAUCCGCAACCUCAAGCGGCUCAAGCAAGGGCCUUACGAGCCGGGUCUCAGUGUCCUGGCCGAGGCAACAGAUCAGAAGCGAUGCGUAGAGUGCAACAGCCUCGAGAUUGACUUCGUCUGGGAGGAUGUCUUCCACAUCUGUGUCUGCAACCCCUGCAAGGACAAAUUUCCUGAAAAGUACAGUCUCCUCACCAAGACAGAGUGCCGGGAGGACUAUCUCUUGACCGAUCCUGAGCUGAAGGAUGCAGAGCUUCUGCCGCAUCUCUCGAAGCCAAACCCCCACAAGUCACAUUGGCAUGACAUGAUGCUGUUCCUCCGCUGCCAGGUGGAAGAGUACGCUAUCAACACAAAAUGGGGAUCGGCGGAGGCUCUCGAUGCCGAGUUUGAACGCCGCGAGGCCGAUAAGAAGCGUCGCAAAGACGCAAAGUUCAAGGAAAAGUUGCUGCAGCUCAAAAAGAAGACCCGGUCGGAGGCGUACCGUCGCAACGCAACAGGAAAGGGAUCAGCAGACGGCGAGACACAGGCCACGACCUUUGGCGAUGCUGUUGGAAACAGAGGCCGUCAUGUACACGAGUGGGGACGUGCCAUUGAAAACGACAAUGGCAUGUCUGUCAAGCGUUGUAUCUCGUGCGGCAUGGAAGUUGAAGAGCUGGAGUUUUAG